AUGUAUGAUAUACUGAUGUGUUUUUUUUCUGGAGAUAAUUCCAAUAGCGGGGCUGCUUUCUUCGGGAACAGCGGAAACAAAUUCCCCUUCAAUUUCCAAGCCGGAGGCCAAGCGCCCUCCUUUGACUUCCACUCGCUCUUCGCCGGGGGUCAGGUGCCCACCCCCGGCGCUCACGCGUCUUCUGCCGGAAACGAGGGAGCGCCGUUCAGCACUCAGCUCUCUCCUGCCGACAGCCAAGGAUCUUUCUCACAGGAGCAAGGAAGUCAAGGGUCCCAGUCCGCUGCUGGUACUUCUGCCGGUAUCAGACCUCAUGGCUCUGGGUCUCCGGUAAACACACAAGAUUCUCCAUCAAUCAUUGUCACCACUCCUAACCGAAGUACGGUUACUCCACCAAGUGUUGGUGUUCAAUUUACCACUGAUAAUCCAGGGUCAAGUACUGCUGCCUCCACUGUGUACUUCCAGUCCACAACCUUUGCCCCGGAAGGCAGCACUCAUAAGUCAUUCUCUCAUAUUCACACGGAUGUGAAUUCUGCUCCAAGCCAAACACCACAAGAAUUGAACACACAACCUGGCCCCAAAAUAUCAACAGCUGGUACUCAUGGACUUCUUUCUGGCAAGGACACAUUAGCAUCAAAUACUCAAGACCUGAGCGCCGUUACUGCUGUCACUCCUAUUGAUCUUGAUUAUUUAGAUCACUCUGUUGGGACACAGGAUUCCUCCAUUCAACUUGAAACUGGAUCACAGACGUACCAGAAUGGCGAACACAGCUUGACUGAUCUUCAGCAGUCCCAGUCCAGAGCUGACGGUGACAUUUCAUCAACUGGCCCACAGCAACACUCAUUCGAUUUCCAAAGUGAAAAUGAAGAUUCAGGAAAACUUCAUUUGGAAUCCGAGACACCACUCAAGCUUCUUCUACUUUUGGCACUUCUAACUCUUUCAAAAACCCAAGGGUCUGUCGGCUUCCCAUCCAACACAAAAAUUUUGCAAGUGCCACCGAACGAUCUGCAGCAAGCACUGAAAGUCACUUGCCCAAGCGAAUUCCAGGUUGGAACAAGUGAUUCUUCAGUGCAGGCUGUAGUACCCUCUUCUGGUGUUCAGUCUGAUGUCAGUUUUUCACUGAGUGGUUCAGAGACGUCAGCCCCUGACUUCCAUUUUGAUACUGGCUUUUCUAGUAAUCAAGAUUAUGAUACCCAGGAAUCUUCCUACAGUGAGCAACCAAACACACAGUCUGGGAUCCCUGAUGCCUCUGUUAACAUUCAAUGGCUCAAAGUCAAGCUCCUUGACACAAGAGAAUUGGCAUCAGUGUCAGAUAGCUCACCCAGUGUUCAAAGAGCUAUUGUAGACCAGCAAAGUAAUAUCCACAACUCCCCUGCUAAAACACAGGGAUUCUCUGGCCUUCAUUCUGCUGAGCUUGGUCCUUCUAUUACUAAUCAGGAGCAGAGUUUCCAGACAGAAUUCCCAGGUGCCAAUGUCGAUUAUGACACCCAAGAAGCAGCACAUGGCAUCCACCAGGGCAUCUUUGCUUCUGCUUCUGAUGCACAAGAAAAUUCAGGUAAUUUCAACAGAGCUGACGCUUUUCUUCCCAAUUCGCGAGAUUCCCUCGGACCAUCAAGGUACUCCCAUGGUUCUGCUACUGGAGUGCAAAGUAUAACCCACGAUUUGCAACACGGCACAGAAGAAUCACAGUCUGGACACAAUUAUGGCAUUCAUGGUUCUUAUUCUAGCACAACGGAGCCAUCUUUUGGAGUUCCGUUAGAUACUAGCGCUUCUGCAACAUCAGGUACCCCUACAAAACAGGCUAGUGUCAUCACAGCAAAUGCAGGAACUGGACGAUUCCACGAAGAGACCGAGGGAGAUCCAGCCACAGCAAAUCAUGGCUUAAUCACUAAUAUCCAAGAUCCAUCCACCGGCCUUCAUAGUACAGCUUUUAUCAACUUCGGUUCAACAGUCGAUGGUGACUAUGACUUGCUUGCUGACAGUCAAGAUCUGCCAACAGGAGUCCAAGGAGCAGCUACAGCUUUUGACUUUUCUUCUACUGAUUCACAAAAAUUCGAUGCCAACGACCAUGACUCACACCGGCUCUCUUCUACGGAUAUUCACGCUCCAGGUACCCGUUUAACCGAAUCUAACAACCCCCUUCUUUCGACAGACAGCUACACAGACGCCCAAGAUCUAUUUUCAUCUCCUGACGACCAUGACUCUGCUGCCUCUGACCAAACUUCAGACGACCAAUUCUUAUCUGCAACCGACCAGUUUUCCACGGACGAAAAUUACUUAUCAUCUGACAGCGACAACUCAGCAACAGAUAACCAAUUUUCGACUGAAGGAGGCCAGUUUUCUUUCACUACUAACCAAUUUCCAGUGGAUUAUGAUUCCCCUGCCGAUAGCCAGUUUUCAUCUCCUGAUUAUGAUGACUCAGUUGCAGACAGCCAAUAUUCGUCUACAGGACAUCAGUUAUCAUCUACAACAAACCAAUUUUCAUCCUCUGACAACCAUGAAUUAGACAAUCUGUUCUCAUCAGAUUCAGCUGCAGACAACCAGUUUUCGUCUUCACUCAACCAGUUCGUACCAAUAGACAAUGACAACAGAAGAGACUCUUCAUUUGAUGACUAUGACUCGUCUAAAAACAACCAAUUUUCAUCUACAUUUAGCCAGUUUUCGCCAUCUGACAAUUUAGACUCAACGGCCACACAAUUCACAUCUACUGACAGCCAAUUUUCUGGCAGCACUGACUCAGAAACAGAAAACCAAUCUUCGGCCUUCGACAAAUACGAUUCAAUCACAGACAACCGAUUCGAAUCUGACCCGAACGUCCAGUUUCCUUCAGACGACCCCGACGCGGCCACAGAAAACCCGUCCUCCUCCAGCGACAGCUAUGACUCACCGGUCGGCGCCCAUUUCUCGGCGUCCGGCUCCCAGGGGUCCCUCUUCGCCUUCACCUCGAGCGGCCUAGCUUCCGGAUCCACCACGGGGUACAUGUCCCACGGGAUCAAGAGGCCCUCCUCGCUCGGCCAGAGGUCCGGGUCUGGCGUGGUUGGAGGGUCUGGCCUUGCGGGGUUCAUCGUCCAGCUCACCGGCAAAGGGGCAGUCCACCCCGGAGUCUGCCCUACCCUGAGGAAGGACUGCGCCGCCAGCAGGAGCGCCCCGAGGACGUGCCUCAACGACUCCACCUGCAGGCCGUCGGAGAAGUGCUGCUUCGACACGUGCAGCGCCGCCCUCUGGGUGUGCACGCCCUCCGUGUUGCCGGCGUGAGGAGGCUGGGAGGCCGAAUCAGCGGCUGAGAAGCAAACGACGCUUUCGAAAGACAUUCUCUUCCUUCGAAACGAUUUUAAGGCGGGUUGUCAGGAAAAGGGAUUUGGGAUCUUUCACUGGGAUAAUUCGGCGAGACCUUCUCUCCGAGGGUGAAUUAAAAAUUUGCAGGUUA